AAUGAACCACAAAUAACGUUCCGGGCGUUAUUCUCUUGUGAACUGCGAUGGGCCAUAUUGAUAGCGAUAUUUCUGAUGUUUAUGCAACAAAUGAGUGGUAUCAAUGCGGCGAUGUAUUACUCAAAUGACAUAUUCAAAUCAGCCGGACUCGUCGGAAAUCAAAUCAUUUGGGCCACUUGUGCCAUGAUGUUAGUUAACGUGCUUACGACGUUGGCAUCCACAUGGCUGGUUGAUCAUCCUCUGUUCGGUCGUCGUUUCUUGCUGUUGACUGGUAUGAUUGGGAUGUUCAUAAUGUCCAUUGGCGUUGUCAUCGCACUGGUUCUCAUUAAUAAAAGAAGUUAUGUGAGCGAAGCUCGUGUUGCAGCUAUCCUUUUCAUGCUGCUCUUUGUGAUCGCCUUCGCCACUGGACCAGGAUCAAUUCCAUGGUUUUAUGUGAGCGAACUGUUUGCGUCAAACGCAAGAGCAAGUGCCACAUCGAUUGCGUGUGCUGUCAACUGGCUAAUGAAUUUUGUCGUUGGACUCUUAUUUCCACCACUUCAGGAAUAUUUAACCACCUACACGUUCUUGGUGUUUACAGUAGCAUUACUGAUAUGUACGAUCAUAACCGUAAUCUACGUUCCCGAAACAAAAGGCAAAAGUGUUGAAGAUGUACAAAAAGAUCUGGAUAGAACGCGUCCAUCAUGCAUUUAG